CCUCUGCGAUCCUCAGUCUUGUCUCGCAAGUCAUCCGAAUAGUUUAUAAACAAACAACAGAUAUCAAAUUUCAAAUAAUUAAUCUAAGUAACUAUGAAAUUAGUUGAGUGUUUUGUGCCAUUUUUGGUGCUGCUUUUAGUCAGCAGAUCGCAAGCAGGUAUUUUGCGAGAUCUUGCCCAGAAGCAUAUCAACCGAGUGGGCUCAGUCCUAGAUCCCCUGGGUCUAUUCGGCGGGAAAAAUGAUGGAGGCGCCACAGCGGAAGCUAACAGCCAAGCUGUGACAAAUAAUUUGAAUCUUGGUCCACUGAGCUUUUCUUCGGCUGUAAGUUCGGCUUCUGCGAAAGCAAAUGCCGGUCCUGGAGGCACUGCUGUGGCAAAUGCUGAUGCCAAUGCCAAAGCUACUGGUUAUGGAAAUGCUCAGGCUACAGCAAAUGCCAACGCCAAUUCUAAUGCCAAUGGCAUUGGAGGCAUAAAUUAUGGCAACAAUGGAUACAAUGGAAAUAGUGCCCCUUACAAUGGAAAUGCAUACAAUGGAAAUAGUGCCCCUUAUAAUGGAAAUGCGUACAAUGGAAAUAGUGCCCCUUAUAAUGGAAAUGCAUUCAAUGGAAAUAGUGACGAUGGUUUCUACAAAGGAAACUCUGGAUACCCUGGAAAUAAUGGCUACUAUGAAAAUGGAAAUGGAAACGGAAAUGGCUACAACAGUGCCAACGCUAACUCAAAUGCAUUUGCUGAUAAUAAUGGGCAUAGUAACACUAAUACCGGUACUUUUACUCAGGGAAAUGCCAACGCUGGAGCUGGAGCCAAUGCUCAAGGAUCUGGACACUAUGGAGGAUCUAAUGAAAUACGUGCCAAGAAUAACUACAACAGCGGAGCCUACGACGGCCAGUCAUUAAAUCCUGGAACUUAUGGUGCUCCUAAAUAUACCAGUAAUCCUUUCAUUGGUGGUGCUGGUGCUAAUGCUGGUGCCAGUGCUAAUGCUAAUGCUCAAGCUGGAUCAAACGCAGGAACUUAUGGAAGUAAACCGACAAAAGGCGCCUAUGGUGGACAGGCCUAUAAUCAAGGACAAGUAGGCUCAGUAAAUCCCGGCUAUUAUGGAAACAGUGGAGCUGGUAAUAGUAACUAUGGAAAAGGCAACAGUGGUUACUAUACAGGGAGUCAAGGGCCAGCGUAUGGAGGAAGUUCUGGUGGAAAUUCUCAAGCAAACACUGGAGCUUCUGCUGCUGCUGCUGCUAACGCUAAUGCUAAUGCUGGAUCUAGACCAGCGGCAGUUGGUUCUGGUAAUCCAUUCUUGAACCAGCCGUCCCAGGGUCCAACUUAUGGUAGCUCUGCUACCGGAAACAAUUACGGUAACUCAGGAACAUAUGCACCAAGUCCCAGUUACGGAAGUCCUGGUACCUAUGGUGGGUCUAAUGGUGGUCAAGCUGCUGCUAAUGCUGAUGCCUCUGCAGCAGCAAAUGCCAAUGCCAAUGCUAAUGCUGGUUCAGCCAAUCCGUUCUUAACUCAACCAUCAUACGGUGGAUCAACGGGAAAUAAUUACGAUAACUCGGGUACCUAUGGAGGAUCAUCAGGCUCUAAUUAUGACAAUUCUGGUCAUUAUGGAAGUUCAUUAGCUCCUAAUUACGGAGCACCAACUGGUACUGGUCAAGCUACAGCAACUGCAGACGCGUCUGCAACAGCAAAUGCCAAUGCUGGAUCAGGAAAUUCUAAUACUGGUACAGGGGCUCCAUUUAUACCUCAACCAUCUCAACCCACGAACUAUGGACAGUCUACAGGAAACAAUUACGGAAAUUCUGGCACUUACGGAGGAACAUCAGGCUCGAAUUAUGACAACUCUGGUACUUACGGAGGAUCAACUGGUAGUGAGCAAGCUACAGCAACUGCAGACGCAUCAGCUUCAGCAAAUGCUAAUGCUGGAUCAGGAAAUUCUAAUACUGGUACAGGGGCUCCAUUUAUACCUCAACCAUCUCAACCCACGAACUAUGGACAGUCUACAGGAAACAAUUACGGAAAUUCUGGCACUUACGGAGGAACAUCAGGCUCGAAUUAUGACAACUCUGGUACUUACGGAGGAUCAACUGGUAAUGGGCAAGCUACAGCAACUGCAGACGCAUCAGCUUCAGCAAAUGCCAACGCUGGUUCAGGAAGUUCUAAUACCGGGGCAGGUAAUCCCUUUUUGACUCAAUCGUCUCAGCCUACGAAUUAUGGGGACUUUAGCGGAACUAAUUACGGAUUAACACCUCCUACUUACGAACACUCUGGUACUUUCGGAGAAAAGUACGGUAGCGGAGGCCCAGCUCCAGCAGACGCAUCAGCCUCAGCAAAUGCCAACGCUGGUUCAGGAAGUUCCAAUACCGGCGCAGGAAAUCCCUUCUUGACUCAACUAUCUCAACCCACAAACUACGAAUCCGGUAAUGUUGGGCCCAGUUACGGAGACUCUGGUUCUUACGGAGAUGCCAAUGCCAAAGCUGAUGCUUCUGCUUCUGCUUCCGCGAACGCAAAUGCAAAUGGUGGCGGCCAACCUGAUAACAACUAUUACAACGUCGCUGGACCUCAAGACGGAGGAUACCAAACUGAAAACAGUGGUUACGACACUAGUGGUUACACUGACGUAAAAGGUGACUCGGGAUAUUACAGCGGCUCCAACAACAACCAGCUUCCAAAUGUAAGCGAUGGAUCUGAUGCCAGUGCCAACGCAAACGCCAACGCAGUUGCAACUGCCAACGCAGGUGGUCAAGGAGCCGUUGACUCCUACGGCAAUCCAGCUGGAAGUACUCCGGACAAUUACGGAGCUGGAAAUGUCGAUCCCAAUACCAACGCUGUUGCCAAUGCCGCAGCUGUCGCCAAUGCCAAUGCAAAUGCAAACGCCAAUGCCGUAGCCACUGCCAAUUCUGGGGCCACAGGCUCAUCAGGAGGCUACGGAAAUUACAAUAGACCACCUGGAACUGGAUACGGUAAAAAUAGUCCCAGCUCCAGUGCCAACGCCAACGCCAAUGCAAGUGCGAGUGCAAAUGCAAACGCAAGUGCAACUGCCAAUUCCAAUGCCGGAGCUUACGGCAACGCAAAAGCAACAGCCAAUGCCCAAGCAAAAGCAGUCGCUGGUCCAGGGUUUGGAUCCAAAAGCUCGGCCACCGCAGACGCCAGAGCCGCCGUCGACACUUCAAAAAUGCUUAUCUUCACGGACUAAUCUUUUAAUUACAUAAUUAUCAUAUCGUAAGACUAUAAUUAAAUGUAUGAAGUGUUUUCUAGAAUCUCGAAUCCAGAAUCCAGAGUCCAAACUUUAGAUUCCAGGUUCUAGAUUUUAGAUUUAAGAGCGAAUGUUUAUUGCAGAAAGUUGUUCCAUGACAAUUUAAAAUUUUUUUUUUGUAAAUCAAAUACUUCUAGAGAUAAUUUUAUCAUUUUCAUGUUUUAUUUAAAACACAAAGAACUCACAGCGUCAUUCAAAUAAUGAUGGUGUUAAAAUCUUGUAAAACCUGUUUUGACGAGAAUAAACGCCGUGUCAGGGCUUGAAGCCGAUACCUCGAUCAUAAAUACUCGUACAUAUAUGCAUAGAUACAUUUAAAUAUUAUUUUUAUUUUAUAUAUAUUAAUAUACCAGUACGUAUUAAUAUAAGUAGUCGUUAUUUUUCAGUGCCCUUCGGAAAUCCCAAGACUCAUACCGAUUUUGUCUUGUAAUAAUAAUUAUUAUGCAAUGUUUUUAUAUUUUUAGAGUAUUACCGUGAUUUUUUUUUUAUUUAUAAAUAAUUAUUGAAUUUUUAUUAUUGCUAGUUACUAAUUAUUUACUAGUAUUUUUGUGAUGUUUUUGAUAAAUAAAGACUAUUAAAUAAUAAA